AUGUACACAGAUAACUAUGUGGCUACACAUGGACGCGUGAGCAGUGAGUGGCGGCCGCGCAGGAACCGGCGCCGGCGGUCGGCUCGGGGAAACGGCUCAACUCGCGCUGCCGGGGCUGAGAGCCGGGCCGCGGAAACCCGCGCUCAAGGGCAUUUAACUAGUUGGGGGCCGAAGCGAAAGCCCGCGGCGGCGAGCGCGGGGAGGGAGGUGCGGGCGCGGGGAGCUCGGGCCGGGCGGGAGACCCCACGGCCCCUCGGGGCUCAGGCCGCGGGCGCCUCCGGGCAGCGGCGGGUCUCGGGGCGCAUCGUCUCCGGCUUCUUGGCGCUCCUCUCCUGCCUCCGCCACCCCCCGUCGCCGCCUUCCCCUCCCCUCCGACGCCGACUUCGGCUGGUCCCCGGAAGAGGCCGGGUCCUCCCUCUCCUCAGCCCGGGAAUGGUUUCCUCUCGGAGCUUUGUCUCUCCUCCUCCACCUCCUCCACUUUUCAGUCUCAAACGCCGCAGCCGCCUCCUGUCAUCGCCUCUCAAGCCAACAUGGCGGCGGCGGCGGCAGCCGCCUGAGCGCAAGUCGGGGACACGGGGAGAGCACGGCCCCUCCUCGCAGCCGCCGCCACCGCCCCCGCCUUCCUUUCUUCCCCGCCCCCCCCUCCCUCCCACCGCUCCGCGGACACCCAGUGCGUCACUACGGAGACCACCCUCGAGCAUCAUGGGAAAUGUAGUCUACGCCGGGGGGGCGGUGCGGGGGGGGGGCGGCCUAAGGCGGCCUCUCGGGACUCCGAAGCCACGCCCCUCCUAGCAACAGUUGCUAGGAAAGGAAAGCUCGCUUUAGCUCAGCUGCCGUCUAGGAGUUAGGUGAUACCUGCUACCAGGAGUGCUGUGAGCGUGCGAAUUAUUUGGAGAAAAUAAUUCUGCACAGAGAAAUCCCCUCAAGCACAAUAGACGCACAGACUAAAAAUACGGUUUACCUCCAAGAAGAAUCAUUCAUUUUAAUGACAGCGCGCUCUCCACAUCCUGCAAUCUCAAAGCAUUUUGUAGAGUGAAUUCAUCUAGGUCUUUUCAGCAUUGCAUUUGGAAGAUCAGAAGCAAUCAUUGAUUUCCAAUAAGGUCGUAGAAGUUCAACAGGAACAAGGAUCUCAUUAAGCGGGGAGAAUGUUUGAACAUGUGUUUCUUGAAGACCUAGGGCCAUAAAGCUACAAUCCAGUUAAUUGAAAUUACCAAAACCUGUAUGAGGUACAAUAGUAUAUCACGCCAAAUGUAUAUCAAUAGGAAAUAGCUGCUACAAACUACAUGGGGAUUCACCAGUUUACCAGGCCAGCCCCCAAAUUUUAUUUAACUCAAAUGUAAUAAAAAACCUACACACCCACAGUGAUUAGCAAAUAGCACAAAAUCAUACCAUUAGGGAGAAACUUAGAGGAAGACUACGGCUACUCCAGAUUUAGGAACAAAAUUCAGAAACCACCAACGUCUGUCUGAAUCUGAAUCUGUUCAGAUCUCUCAGUGCUUUGGCAGAGUAUCUUAGCAAGGGCAGUCUCAGUAAGACACUUAUAAAAGAAUGUCAACAGAUUUAGAGUCUGAAAGUCACCUCUCCAACCUACAGCCAUGUGACCUCAUCUGUAAAACAGUCUUGCCUACCAUCCAGUUGUGCGGAUGAGUUAAUGCAUGGGAAAUAAAUCACUUUGUAAAUAAUAAGGCGUCAUUUGAUGUGAAAUGUUACUACUCAUUCAUUCAGCAAACACACGAUCCAGGCUCUCUGCUAGGCACCAGGAGUUUAAAAAUGAAUAAUCUAGGCACUGUCCUCAGGGAACUCAUUGUUGAGAAGCCUAUGUCAUUCCCCACAGCAAUCUCCGCAGUCAGGUUUGUCUCAUUAAGGAUGGAAACUCACAGGACGCUGGGAGUAUUUGCCUCCUGUGUAGCCCGGCUGGAGAAAUUCCAAGCACUCCUAGGGACCCACAUCAGCCUGGGGUGAGUUAGGGUGGUAACCAGGAGGGAGGGUGGCUCCCAUCCACAGAGAAACCGAAGGACGGAAGAAAAAAGAGGCCCAAAUCUCACCACAAUUAGGCUUCAGGCCUUGGUCUAGAAAUUCCUGAUUCUCUAGCCAUGUGAUUUUCCAGGGCCUCUGGUCGUUGGUUGCUCCUUCUUCAUGGUUAGCCACCACAGAGCUGUUCCCACCAGGCCUCCCGGAAUGAGAGCCAUUGAAAAUGCUUCAAUUGACCAAUGAGUUCAGAAGGAGUAUGAAACACAUUUGGAACUAACUCACAAAGUUAGUUAUCCACCGCUCCCCUAACUCCAACCUUUAUUCAAUGACCGCCCUGGCCCAGGCUGUGUGUGCUAGGCCUAAACGCAAGUGGAGGUAGAAAGGCAGGAGGCAGAGGAUGGCAGGACCUACAGAAACCCUGGCUCACACUUCCUCUGCGGCUUUCUAGUAGCCAUACGGCAACGGACGUAGUGACCGCCCAAGACCCUGGCAUUUCUGACACAUGAUGUUGCUGCUCAUUGCCGGGUACCUCUACACAGCUAAAAAAGGCCACAUCUUUCCAAAGGAAAACCACUGUGCCUAGCUGCGUUUCGGAUCGCUCUUCGAAGAGAGGCGGAGACAUCAUUCUCAGUAAAGCUCGUUCUAACUCUUUCCUAACAGAAUCCAAGGCAUAAGGGAGCAUGAAUGAACAGUUUCAAAUUCUCCCACUUUUCUCCUCUUACUCUCGGCUUCCUAACUCAGGCAGACGAGAAGGGAGGCUGAAGAAAGAGCCCGGUGGUCCCCGACCGGGAGCAGUGAUACCUCCUGAGACUAUUCAUCGACUGUAAGCAUCAGUUUGAAAGAACGCGAGAGACAGCAUUUUUGUACCAGCAAAAAUAACUUCCCAGGAAAUGAAACGGCCUGACGCGGUCAUGAAUUAGCUAUGAGACCUUUGCCAAGACGCUUUGCCUCCCUGGCCCUCGAUGUCUUCAUCUGAGGAGUAUAUAGGAGGGUGUCCCGGGAACUCCGUCUAACCCUCACGCCGGGCUGCUGCUUGGAGCUGUGCAGGCUGCACCCCUGUCAAACGCGGGAGGAGUGACCCUGCUCAUAACAGAGGCGACGCACAUUUUUCAAGACCAUACGUGGCAGCCGUAUCCGCUUCAAUGUGACAUUCGUCCUUUUCGCUUUCCUCACACUUCACCCGGACUCUCGAGCUAAGAUUUUGAGCUACCAAAUGCCACAGACACAUUUCGGGCCUGGUCAUCCUUGACCAGUUCUCUGAGCCCUUGACGUAACUGACCGCUCCCUUGCCCUUGGAUGGAUCUGCUGUCAGACCUUCUGGGACUGGAUUCCAACUCUACCACUCACAGCAUUGUGAACAAGUUUACUUAAUCGGUGUCAAAUGUGAGCGUCUCGACUGUAAAAUAUGGUUAAUAAUAGUAUCUCCUUCAGAGGGUUGCUUCGGGGGCCAAAUGAAAUAGUUUAUAAAGCACUUAGCACAAUGUCCGGUAGAUAAAAGGCACUCUAGAAAAGUUCACUGUCAUUAUCUUUUAAAAAAUGACACACAGUUUGCUACACUCUCCCCCUUUGCAGGUUUUCCAACUACUAUCUUGCUCCCUUUCCAUCUUCUUCCCUAAUUUGUGUGCGAUAUCUGAUCCUUAAAUGUUGGUUUUGGCCUCUGCUUCCUUACCUGGGUGUACUUCUUAGCUAAGAGGAUGACUGCAAACAUUCAGUAAGGCAUUAGAUGCAAAAGAAUUGUAGGAACUUUAAAUCCCUCUACAAAUAUGAGGGGAUCCUAUCAAAGGUUAGUAGCUUACCUGCUUCCUUCUAUGGUGCUUUGUAUGCCUAGCUGCUCAUUAAAGUUCUCUGGUUGGGGUGGGGAGCUUAAGAAAAUACCAAUGGCUCUUCUUCCCCCGAUCUUCCCCUCCUCCCCUUCUGCACACGCUCUACUCUAGGUGUUUGAAACCUUCACUGAAGCUGAUGGUGUCCAAUUUUGUAUCUCAAGCAUAGACUGCUCUCCUGGGCUCCAGAUCCAGGCAUCCCAACUGCCCACUAGACCUUGCUACUAGGAUGCCCCAUGGAAACCCCUGAGCAAAGGAUCACACGCUUCUCCACCAAACUUCCUUCUCCUCCUAUGUUGGAUCUCCUUCUCCCCAUGGUUCAUCCUUGACUUUCUCCAUCUUUCACCUCCAACAUCCAACGCCUACUGAUUCUGCCUUCUUAGUAUUUCUUGAAUCUGUCGCCCCAUCUCCAUACCCAUUCCCAUAACCUUGGUCCAUUUCUUACUGGGACCAACUGCCCCCCAGAUUGCCCCCCUGCAUCCAGGCUCAUACCCUCUAAGGAAGUCUGAAUGUCAGAGUUUCCAAACAUCAACGCAGCAUAGCGUUUUCAUUGAUCUGUGGGAAAAUAUUGAAAAUAAUGCGGUACGUUUUUCCAUAAAGUG